AUGGGGAUAUAUCCCUUUGUGGAUGGCAAAGUUGAGGACUUCCAGGAAAUCUUUGACAACCUGAUCGAGGCGAGCGGUGAUGACUACAAUGUCUUUCAUGACCCAGACGCAUACGCAGCCCCUUUCUUUCCAGUGGCGCGGGACCUCUACCUGCGUGCCGCAGCUGUGUUUCGUAUCGCUCGAUUCCCAAUCAACCGCUCCCCGGCCUCUCAUAAAGCCUGGCAGUAUGGCAAGGAGGCAUACAUGGCUGCAUCGCCUUACUUGGACCCACCAAACCAGCAAAUUGCCAUUCCACAUACACACCAAGAUGCGUCAACUGGUGAUGGGGAUACAAUAUACUCGUACCUCCGCGUUCCUUCCAAGAUUGAGAAACCAGAGGGCGGCUGGCCUGUCAUCCUGUUCAUAUGUGGAUUAGAUGCGUAUCGGACAGACCAUACCGUUCGUACCCAAUCUCACGUUGACCAUGGAUUUGCCUGCUUAUCCAUCGAGAUCCCUGGAACUGGCGACUCGCCCGCUGCUCCAGGAGAUCCUCUUAGUCCUGAUCGUCAGUGGAGCAGUGAGUACAGUUUGGAUGCUAAGAGAGUCACUGUUCGCGGAAUCAGUACAGGUGGUUACUUUGCAAUGCGCAUAGCACACACCCAUUCCAACCGCUUGAAGGCGGCAGUUGCCCAGGGGGGUGGCUCUCACCAUAUGUUUGAUGAGACAUGGAUACGCGCACAGAACCAUAUGGAAUACCCCUUCGCUCUUGCGGAUUCAUUGGCUGCGAAGUUUGGAUUCUUCUCUGUAGAGGAGUAUAUCAAUAGCAAUCCUCGUGCUAGGUUUAGCCUUGAAGAGAACGGUAUUCUUGAUAUGCCUUGCACCCGGCUGUUGGUCAUCAAUGGUAUGGAAGACAGCAUUUUUCCAAUUGAGGAUAUGAUCCUGCUAUGCAGACGAGGAAGAACUAAAGAUGCUCAGUUUAUUGACGGCAAAGGUCAUAUGGGCAAUCCGGGAGCAGAGGAGAUCAUUUAUCAGUGGAUUGACGAAGUUGGGGAGUGA